UAAACACCCUUGGCCACCGGGACAUCCACCGUGAAACGUCACCAACAUCAACAUUGCCAAACACCAACCUCAACAACAAAAACAAAACAAGAGGAUAUCAAUUAGGAACCCCCGUUCAACAACACCAACCACUCAACCCACCAAACCAUGGUCGCCCAACCCCAGCAAAAGCCCAUCCUAAUCUCCGGCGGCGGCCUCUCCGCCCUGCUGCUCGCGCGCUCCCUCCUCCGCUCCAACAUCCCCUUCCUCGUCUUCGAGCGCGACGCCUCGAUAUCCUUCCGCGCACAAGGCUACCGCCUGCGCCUCUCCAACGAAGGUCUCGACGCCGUCGAGGCCGUGCUCGGGCCCGAAGGCUUCGCGAAAUUCUACGACGCCUGCGGGAAGACGGGCGGCGCGGGGUUCGCGGCCGUGGAUCCGCUCACCGGGGAGAACCUGGGUACGGAGCACUCUACGGUUAGGAGGGAGGGACUGUCGUCGCGGGACGGGAAGGUGAUUGGGAUUGCGAGGGGGACUAUGCGGAGUUUGUUCAUCGAGGGGUGCGAGGAGUUCGUGCGGUGGAGGCAUCAUGUCACCGGGUACGAAUUGACUGACGGCGGCGUCCGAGCUAUCUUCGCGGACGGAUCGAAGUCGGUGGAAGGGUCGAUGCUGAUCGGUGGAGAGGGCAUCAAGUCGCAGGUCGCGAAGCAGCUGUCUGGCGGCAAGCUGAAAGUGUACGACUUGGGAGCGCGGGGUAUCCACGGACAGGCGUCUACGACUGCAUUCAAGGCGCUCGGCGAGGGCGUGUUCCGCGCGGUUGACGAGACGAGCCACCCGGAGGGGAGAGUGUUUCUCAUCACGAACGUGCGCGCGGGCGACAUGGACGACCCGAACGUGGAUUUCGGGUGGACGAUAGGCGGGUCCGCUGGUGUCAUCAAGGCUCCCAACGACGACUACACCAUCAUUGGGAAGCAGGCCGCCGACAUCGCGAGGGGCCUGACCAAAUUGUGGCACCCGCGCGUUCGAUCCCUCAUCGACAAUAUGAGGGAUGACGACGCUGCGUUCUGGAAAAUCACCUGUUCGUCGCCGGACGGGGUCCCUGAGUGGCCGAACGAGCCGCGCGUCACGGUCAUCGGAGACGCAGUGCACGCGAUGACUCCUGCCGGGGGCAACGGCGCGAACACGGCCAUGCGAGACUCUGCUCUCUUGGGUAGGCUCCUCGCCGAGGCGGGCGGCUUCAAGGAGGGCGUCACGGCAGAGUAUGAGAAGGUCAUGCGUGUGUAUGCCAGCGAGGCCGUCAAGAAGAGCUUCAGCACCGCGGAGGUUUCGUACAGCGCAGUCAUCAACGAAUCGACAGCAACGAUAUGAGUAUGAGGUUUAAACGCAGAAGUCACGGCUGGUAAGAGAAUUACGAAUAUCAAGACAGCGGUUUUUUACACUUCCUAGAUCGAUACAUCCCCUGGACAAGCAGCAUCUGAAUGUUUACGAACAUUCACUAUCGAAAUAUCAAUCUGGACACAUAUAGACAACAUUAUCAUUUGUUACUUCAACCACGCUACUUUUUCCCAAGCAAUACAUGACCACCGUCCAUCUUGACCUCAACCUCACCUCAACCUCACUUAUAGUAUCCCCUUCUC